AAUAGACGCGCGAAUCCUUUCCCGCAACUCCCACAACUUUCUUUUGCCCAUUGCCUCUUUCCAGCUGACAGCGUUAGCUAGGGUUCUGCUGCGUCUCGCCGGGCCUAGCUAUGGAAAACCACCAAAUCGCUCAGCUUCUCAAUCAAACUUUAAGCUCUGAUGGCAACGUUGUCAACUUAGCCACCGAUGCUCUCGAUCGCCUCUCUAUGCUUCCAGAUUUUCCAUUCUAUCUCCUCUCUAUUGCCACGGGAGGUGAAAAUGAAGGUCAAAAGAUAGCUGCUGCUACCUAUCUUAAGAACUUCAUCAGGAGAAAUAUUGAUGCUAAUGAUGCAAAUCAGAAACUCAGCAAGGAGUUCAGAGAUGCUUUAGUGCACGUUUUGCUUCAAACUGAACCAGCAAUUCUCAGAGUUUUAAACGAAGCAUUCCGCUCAAUUGUUGCUGUCGAGUUUGUGAAGAGUAGUUCCUGGCCUGAAAUUGUACCAGAACUGAGAUCUGUUAUUCAAAACAGCAAUAUGAUUAGUAACAAGGGCAGUUCUGAAUGGAAAACUAUCAACUCACUCACUGUUCUUCAAUCCCUGAUUAGACCUUUCAAGUACUUCUUGAAUCCAACACUUGCAAAGGAGCCAGUUCCUCCUCAGCUAGAGCUUAUUGCAAAGGAGAUACUUGUACCCUUGCUUGCAGUGUUCCAUCACUUUGUGGAUAAUCAGGUGCUACAUGUCCAAGAUAAUGUCGAAGCAGAGAUUCAGAACAUUCUUCUUAUAAUAAGCAAGUGCAUCUAUUUUGCUGUGAGAUCACAUAUGCCCUCUGCUCUGGCUCCCUUGCUUCCAUCACAUUGUCAAGAUCUAAUAAAGUUUUUGAAUUCUUUAAGUUUUGAUGAUGGAAUGAAUUGCAAAGACAGGGACUUGUUCAGGUUGAAGACUGGGAAGAGAAGCUUACUGAUAUUUUCUGCUUUAGUCACCCGUCAUAGGAAGAUAUCUGAUAAACUGAUGCCAGGCAUGGUGGAGUGUGCCACAAAAAUAGCCAGGCAUAGCACAAACAUCAGUAAACUGGAUUCAUUGUCAGAGAGGAUUGUUUCAUUGGCUUUUGAUGUUAUUUCUCGUGUUCUGGAGACAGGCCUGGGAUGGAGGUUAGUUUCACCCCAUUUUUCUUCCUUGUUAAACUCUGCAAUCUUCCCAGCUCUGGUGAGGAAUGAAAAGGACAUGGCAGAGUGGGAAGAAGAUCCAGAUGAGUAUAUAAGGAAAAAUCUUCCUUCUGAGCUUGAAGAAAUUUCUGGAUGGAGAGAAGACUUGUUCACGGCUAGAAAAAGUGCCUUAAAUUUGCUUGGUGUUAUUUCAAUGUCAAAGGGACCUCCAGUAGUUAAUUCUUCACAUUCAUCAAAACGUAAGAAAGGAGAGAAGAGCAAAAAAACAACUCGCAGGUCAAUAGGAGAGCUGCUAGUGCUUCCCUUCUUGUCAAAGUUUCCUAUUCCCUCCGAUGCUAACAUAAAGAUAGUAAAUGAAUAUUAUGGUGUUCUGAUGGCAUACAGCAGCCUUCUAGAUUUUCUAAAGGAGCAAAAGCCUGGAUAUACAGCUACUCUUCUUCAGACUCGGCUGCUACCACUGUAUAGAGCACCUCUUCCAGAACCACAUUUGAUUGCCUCUGCAAACUGGGUUCUAGGAGAGCUUGCAUCCUGUCUUCCUGAAGAAAUGAGUGCUGAUAUUUACUCUGCUCUGAUGGAAGCUUUCAUCACACCAGAUAGAGACAUCUCAUGUUAUCCUGUGCGGGUGUCUGCUGCUGGAGCAAUUGCCCAACUUGUUGAAAAUGACUACAUGCCACUUGAGUGGUUACCACUUCUUCAAGUGAUAGUGGGUAGAAUCAAUGAUGGUGAAGAAGAGACCUCCAUCAGUUUACAGCUUCUUGGUACUUUGGUCGAGGCUGGAAAUGAGAACAUUGCACCUCAUAUCCCACAUGUUGUUACUUUAUUGGUUAUGACAAUCCUAAAGCACAUACCUUUAGAUUCGGAGCCUUGGCCUCAGAUGGUUGAACGAGGCUUUGCAACAUUAGCAGUUAUGGCUCAAUGUUGGAGAGAUUCUAUACCUGAUGAAAACGAGAACAAGGAAUUUGAGGAAGUGUGGCUUCCAGGGCAAGCAACUAUUAUGAAAGCCUUUUCUGAUAUCUUGCAGCAGGCGUGGCUAAAAUCUGCUCAACCAAUGGAAAGUGAGCUUGGUCUCUUAAAGCUGCCUUCAUCAAGUGUUGAUGAUUCUUCUAGGUUACUUGGAUUUGUUUUGCAAGGCAUUACUGAUAGGAGUGAAAUUGCAAAGCUAAAAGUCACAGAGCUAUUGCUGGUAUGGUCUGAUCUAAUAGCUGAUUGGCAUGCAUGGGAGGAAAUGGAGGACUUGUCUAUUUUUAAUUGCAUUAAGGAAACUGUUAAUCUGACUAGGAAAUUUGCUAUUAAGAAUUUCAUUGUGGGGGAAUUGCCAUUUCCUCCUGCUCCACCCGUACCAAGACGUUCUAUUGUUGAAGGAAUUGGUGCUUUUGUAGCCGAGGCUUUCUCACAGUAUGUAUCUGUUGUCUGGAGGGCAUCUGCAUGUGUCCAUAUGCUAUUACAUAUUCCAGAUUACUCUUUUGAAGGAGAAGGCACCAAGCAGUCAUUAGUGAUAUCUUUCACUAUUGCAGCAUUUACUCGAUUUAGAGAAACAAAAAACAAGCCUGUUUCACUGUGGAAACCUUUACUAUUAGCAAUAUCAUCGUGUUACUUAUGUUGCCCAGAUGUUGUAGAGAAGAGAUUGGAGAAUAUUCAAAAUGAAGGCUUUAUGGUAUUUGCAUCUGCAUUGGCAUUUAUAUCUACCUGCAAAUUUGAACACACUUGGUCAACAGAGUCUCAGAUCAAGUUGGCUGUUAUAGCACUGGCAAAAGUAGUUGAGAAACUGCUAACACAACAAAGCCAAGGGAGUGUUGUACUGCAUAACUGCAUUAUUUCACUAAUGGAAGUGUCAGUGAGGUUAAAAGAAGUGCAGCAGGAAGAGGAUGAAGAUGAAGAAAGUGAAAAUGGGGAUUGUGGUGAUGAGGAAACUGAAGAUGAUGAUGAUGAGGAGGAUUCUGAGGACAAUGAACGAGAAGAAACCGAGGAAGAGUUCUUGGAGAGGUGUGCUGAGACAGCAAUUGCAUUGGAAAAUGGAACCAUUCUUGAAGGAGAUGAGGAAGAUGAAGAUCAUGACAUUGAAUUGGGUUGCUUAGAGAAAUUUGAUCUGCAAAGCACUGUGGUUUGGUUGAUUGAAAAAUCUCAUCAAGUUCUUUUGCAAGGACAGGCACCAUCAUCAGAACUCAUUUUGCAUUUCUUGGAGUCCUUUCCGGAAUGCAGAUUAUACUUCCCGCAACUUCAGCAGUAAUUUGACCGGAAUAAUUUUUUGUUUAUUGGCAAGACAAUGAGAGUCCUUGGUAUUAUUCCUUCAUGUGUGGAACUGUAACCUUACUAGUUCAAGGUUUUUUUUUUUUUUUUUGGCAACUCCAUGUGGAUGUUCUAAAUGGUGAAAUAUGUAUGUUAAUCCAUCUAAAUUGGAUUGUCGUGAAUAUGAUGGAAUGUAAAAUAAAAUUGAUAAGCA